UCACAUGUCCUGUACAGAUAGCACUCUGACCUGCUCUGACUUAUACACGACAACCUCCACACCCGACCUAAACCCAUGCACUAUCACCCCGUCAUACCCCUCAGCUGCCAGGGACUCGUAAGUCACGUUGGGGACCUUUCCCCGCCACACAUGCUUGGGCCUCCUAAGGGAGAUCUCCGCCGUCACCAUGCAGCCAUGGUUGUGGGCCUUGCGCUGAGUCUCGUUUGGCCGGAUGGCGAAGUAGAUGCCGCACCCAGCGGCCCCCGACGCACUGGGCUGCAUGACGCCCGACUGCGUGAUCUGUUGGCCGCGAUCGGGAGACGUCUGGUGGUAGCCGACACAGCGGCCGGAAGUGUACUUAGCUGUGAGGGUGGGGCAGUUCAUGGCGCGGUGGUCGCUGUCCUUGGUGCGGCAGACACGGCAGUAGCGCUUGGCGUGGUUCUGAAGCACCGAAUGGACAUGGUACACAUGAGUGCGGUGUUGCGCUGCUGCUGUGGCCGUCCGUCAAUCUCCACCAAUGCGUACCUCUGUGCAACCAGCAGCCUAUCAGACACACACACACACACACACACACACAAGGCGUGUGUUCUGCGCUGAUCUGUUCCUCUCCCUCACCCUGCAGCGCAGCAUUGUCCCCAGUUGGCCUUGGCUCACGCUGCUCCACAU